CGUGUAUCUCCAGUCUUGGACGUAACGACAAUCUUACUGAGUGUCAAGACAGCAUCCCCUUUUGCCUUGCCACAGAACUAGGUCCGCUGCAUUGACCGUGGCGCGCAGCCCGAGAGCAAUUCUGUUAACAUGAACCUUACUUUGUUGCAUGAUCGCGAUGGCGAAGACUAUCCCCGACCCCUGAAGCGACAGAAGACGCCUUGUGCGAGCGCGGAGAACGGUCUGCCAUACGAUCGCUAUACUAUAGCCUGGAUUUGUGCGCCGUAUAUCGAGACGGCUGCCGCUCUAGCCAUGCUAGACGAGAAGCAUGGUGAACUACCGAGAUGCCCCAACGACCAUAAUACCUAUACACUUGGAAGCAUCAAGAAUCACAAUAUAGUCAUCGCGUGCUUGCCUCAAGACCAAUACGGGAAUAUUAAUGCCGCAAGUGUGUUAACAAACUUGAAGCGUACCUUUCCAUCAAUCCGCCAUGGGUUGAUGGUCGGUAUCGGCGGUGCAGCACCUGCCAAAGAAGACAUUCGCUUAGGCGAUAUUGUUGUGGGAACAAGGGUCAUGCAAUAUGACCUUGGGAAGAUUCUGAGUGGUGGUGGAAUUCAGCGAACAGCCAUCCCUAGGUUCCCUGAGCAAUCUUUAUGCACGGCUAUAGCAAACCUGCGAGCCAGCCAUGAAAUAUACUCUACUCGUAUUCCGGCUAUUCUAUGGGAAAGAAUGCAGAGAAAUCCGGAAUAUAACCGUCCCAGCGCACCUGACCAUCUAUUUCAGGCAUCAUAUGAACACGACCGGUCAAUGGCAAAUUGCCAAACCUGCGACCAGUCGCAGCUAGAGAAACGGGAGGCACGAAGAUCCUGGGAGCCAAAGAUUCAUUACGGAGCAAUUGCCUCCAGUAAUCAGGUCAUGAAGGAUGCAGUUACCCGCGACCGUCUCGCCCACGAACUGGGCAUUAUAUGCUUCGAGAUGGAGGCUGCAGGGUUGAUGGAUGUCCUUCCCUGCCUUCCAAUUCGAGGUAUAUGUGACUAUUCAGAUUCUCACAAAGCCAAAGACUGGCAGAAAUAUGCAGCAGCAGUGGCUGCCGCGUAUGCGAGAGAGUUCUUAGAGGCUCUACCAGCAACCGGCAGCGCGUCAAGAGACUCUUGGCCUAGUGCCCAUUUUCCUGAGCAAGCAAAUCUCGGAAAUCGUCGACAAAAGCUACUAGAGUCUCUCGAAUUCGACCAAAUCGAUUCACGCAAGACUACUAUCAAAACUGCCUAUUCCAAGACCUGCAGCUGGUUCCUCAAACACCGUCACUACCUGGAAUGGCUCGAUUCAGGGAAGCAGUCGCAACACCAUGGCCUUCUCUGGAUCCGAGGCAAGCCAGGUGCUGGUAAAUCGAUCAUCAUGAAGUUCAUCUACACAAAGACGAAGAAGACAGAUAUCCCAAUGAAAGCACUCACUGUCUCAUUCUUUUUCAACGCCAGAGGAGAAUUGCUAGAGAAAUCAGUCUCAGGGAUGUAUCGAUCUCUACUCCUGCAGCUCCUCGAAGGCUUCCCCGAUCUACAGAAAAUCCUGGACGAUCCUGACUUGAUACCACGGAACCAGGUCACAUGCCCACCGUUAAACAUCCUCAAAGACUUGAUCCGUUCCGCAAUCUCGUCUCUGGAGAAGCGAUCCCUUACCUGUUUUGUCGAUGCGCUGGAUGAGUGCGAUGAGCAGCAAGUCAAGGACAUGGUCGAGUUUUUUGAAGAAGUCGCAGAACACUGUGUGGAAGACAAUGUGAGAUUUCAGGUGUGCUUCUCGAGCCGACAUUACCCUUACAUUGACAUCAAGUCGGGGAUUCGAUUGACGUUAGAAGGCCAAGACGGUCACAACGAAGACUUGAAACGCUACAUCAGCAAACACCUGCGGAUUCAGGAUCGUUCCCUUGUGGAUGAGUUGACGCAGAUGAUGCUUGAGAAGGCGGCCGGUGUCUUCCUCUGGGUUGCUCUGGUAGUGGACAUUCUAAACGAAGAGAAUCGCCAUGGACGCAUAGCACUUCGAACAAGGUUACGAGAGGUACCGAGUGAAUUAAGUGCACUUUUCCAAGAUAUCCUGACUCGAGAUCGAGACCACCUGGAAAGUCUGUUACUCUCUAUUCUCUGGAUUCUGCUUGCACAACGACCGUUGCAGCCUGGAGAGUAUUAUCAUGCUCUUUGGUCUGGAUUAUCAUUAAAAGGCAAAGGAGAUCGCGAGAUGCCGCCUGUCAACACUUCGGAUGCCAGCGACUGCUUUAAUAAAUGCGUCAUCAGCUCUUCUAAAGGACUUGCUGAAAUCACUAAAGCUAAGAAGCCUACAGUCCAAUUUAUACAUGAGUCAGUCCGUGAUUUUCUUAUCAAGGACAAGGGUCUAUAUAAACUAUGGCCAAAACUUGGGGCAGACUGGGAGAGCCAGGGUCAUGAGGAGCUCAGGCUAUGCUGUAACGCCUACAUAUUUCAUGAGGCCAUAGGAGAGGCGAUUGACGGACAACAAUCUACUGAAGCACAGACCAUAAAGGAUGACCUGUUAAGACAGUUCCCCUUUCUAGAGUACGCCAGUCAGUUUGUUCUUGGACACGCUGAUGCUGCUGCCCAAAAGAUUGCCCAGCAACAGUUCAUUAGCGAAUUUCCAGUAUCAAGCUGGGUCCGUAUCUUUAAUAUCUUUGAAAAGCAUAAAAUCCGAAAGUAUAGUGAAGGAGCAGACAUUCUCUACAUCCUCGCAGACAGGGGAUAUCCUGAACUCAUUCGGAUGAGACUCGAAGUAAACCCUGGGAUUGACGGUGGAGGAGGAAGAUACCGUCACCCGCUCCUUGCUGCGAUGGCCAAGGGAAACAAAGAUAGUGUCACAGCGCUGUUGGGUUUAUCAUCGAGGUUCCAUAACGGAAUCGACAUUACAGAUGGCCUCAAGAGCAAAAUAGACUCAGUAAAGACGAAUCAUACCCCUGUUUCUUGGGCAUGCGAAGAGGGUCAUCUGGCUAUCGCUGCAUUUCUUCUGGACCAGGAUGCGAAAGUCGGUGAAACGGAUGCUGGAGUUACAGAUAAGGAUGGAUUAACACCACUGCAUCUAGCAUCGCAAAAUGGUCACUUUGAGAUAGCGAAGAUGCUUCUUGAGAAGGGAGCAGAUGCUACGGCUGCAGAUAAGGAUGGGUUAACACCACUACAUCUAGCAUCGCAGAAUGGUCACUUGGAGAUAGCGAAGAUGCUUCUCGAGAAGAACGUGGAUGCUAGGGUUGCAACUGAGUAUGGAUUGACACCACUGCUUCUAGCAUUACGGAACAGUCACUUUGAGAUAGCGAAGAUGCUUCUUGAGAAGGGAGCAGAUGCUACGGCUGCAGCUCUGGAUGGACGGACGCCACUGCAUCUAGCAUCGCAGAACGGUCACUUUGAGAUGGCGAAGAUGCUUCUCGAGAAGGAAGCAGAUCCUACGGCUGCAGCUCAGGAUGGAUUGACACCACUGCAUCUAGCAUCGCAGAAUGGUCACUUGGAGAUAGCGAAGAUGCUUCUCGAGAAGAACGUGGAUGCUAGGGUUGCAACUGAGUAUGGAUUGACACCACUGCUUUUAGCAUUACGAAACGGUCACUCGGAGAUAGCGAAGGUUUUAGGGUUUGGAUUAGGGUUAGAAAAGGGUUAGCCAUUGAGGAAAAUGGGACAGGACAUGGGUUUCAAAAACCAAUCGAAAAUAUUCAUCCCUAGUUCAAAUCUACUCAAUUGAACAUCGUAAUAUCGG